UAACCCAACUCCCAGACUGACAUGGCGGCACCAGGACGAAAUUGCAGUUUCUCCUUGGCCCACCCCGACAGGUGUCAGCAGCUCCAGGAUGUGGCAAGUCAGAAUCUUCCUGCUGUUCCUGGCCGCCUGGGGAAUUUCUAGCACACCUCUUGCAGACCCAGUGUUCUCCAGCAGUGAGCGUGCCCACCAAGUGCUGCGGGCCAAACGUGCCAACACCUUCCUGGAGGAGAUGCGGCCGGGCAACCUGGAACGGGAGUGUGUGGAGGAGAUCUGUGACUUUGAGGAGGCCAAGGAGAUUUUCCAAAAUGUGGAAGACACACUGGCCUUCUGGAUCAAGUACUUCGAUGGUGACCAGUGCGAGGCUCCGCCCUUGGACCACAAGUGCAACAACCCAUGCUGUGGGCAUGGCACAUGCAUCGACAGCCUGGGCAGCUUCAGCUGCUUCUGCGAUAAAGGCUGGGAGGGCAGGUUCUGCCAGGAGGAGCGGCAAUACCACACCUGCCAGGUGAACAACGGCGGCUGCGUGCACUACUGUCUGGAGGAAGGCGACAGUCGGCGCUGCGCUUGCGCUCCGGGCUACCAGCUGGCAGACGACCACAAGCGCUGCAAGUCUACCGUGAAUUUUCCUUGCGGAAAGCUGGGGAGGCGGAUGGAGAAGAAACGCAAGAACAGGGACACAGACCCAGAAGAUGAACUAGAACAAGAUCCAAGGAUUGUCAACGGAACACUGACGAAGCAGGGAGACAGUCCUUGGCAGGCGAUCCUUCUGGACUCCAAGAAGAAGCUGGCCUGUGGAGGCGUACUCAUCCAUGCCUCCUGGGUGCUGACGGCAGCCCACUGCAUGGUGAACAGCAAGAAGCUUACUGUGAGGCUCGGUGAGUACGAUCUGCGCCGCAGGGACCACUGGGAAUUGGACCUGGACAUCAAGGAGGUCCUCAUCCACCCUAACUACAGUCGGAUCACCAGUGACAAUGACAUUGCUCUGCUCCGCCUGGCUGAGCCAGCCACUCUGUCUAAGACCAUAGUGCCCAUCUGCCUGCCGAACGAUGGCCUGGCAGAGCGAGAGCUCACUCAGGCCGGCCAGGAGACGGUGGUGACAGGCUGGGGCUACCAAACCGACAAGGACAAGGAUGGCAGGAGAAACCGCACCUCUAUCCUCACCUUCAUCCGCAUCCCUGUGGCCCCACGAAAUGACUGCAUCCAGGCCAUGAACCAUGUGGUCUCAGAGAACAUGCUGUGUGCUGGCAUCAUUGGUGACAACAGAGAUGCCUGUGACGGUGACAGUGGGGGACCUAUGGUGGUCUUCUUUCGGGGCACCUGGUUCCUGGUGGGCUUGGUGAGCUGGGGCGAGGGCUGCGGGCAACUCAAUAACUAUGGUGUUUACACCAAAGUAAGCCGCUACCUGGAAUGGAUCAACAGCCACAUUGGCAGCAAGGGUGCCUCCCCGAAGGGCCAGGGUCUGUAGCGCCCCUCCCUGCUCAUCCCUGGACCCCACUCUUAGAGUGAGGCUGGGCUAGUGAAUACUGGCACAGGACAUUAAAGGGGCAGCCAACAAACAUGCCAACCUGAG